UUUAAGUAAGUUAAGUACCAAUGAUUGUCACACACACACGAGGUUUGGCGAAAUUAUUCUCUGCAUUUGACCCAUCACCCUUGAUCACCCCCUGGGAGGUGAGAGGAGCAGUGAGCAGCAGCGGUGGCCGCGCCCGGGAAUCAUUUUUGGUGAUUUAACCCCCAAUUCCAACCCUUGAUGCUGGGACUUAAAUGCUUUGACGCCAAUUUAACUGUGAUAAGUCACAUAUAGGGAUAAAUAAUAAAUGCUUUAAAAUGUAAUAUCGGAAAUAAUCAGUAUCGGUUUCAUAAUUAUCGGUAUCAGCUAAAAAAGUGAAAUUUAUGACUUUUUAAAACGCCGCUGUGUACACGGACGUAGGGAGAAGUACGGAGCGCCAAUAAACCUUAAAGGCACUGCCUUUGUGUGCCGGCCCAGUCACAUAAUAUCUACGGCUUUCCGAACACACAAGCGAAUGCCAUGCAUACUUGGUCAACAGCCAUACAGGUCACACUGAGGGUGGCCGUGUAAACAACUUUAACACUGUUACAAAUAUGCGCCACACUGUGAACCCACACCAAACAAGAAUGACAAACACAUUUCGGGAGAACAUCCGCACCGUAACACAACAUAAACACAACAGAACAAAUACCCAGAAUCCCUUGCAGCACUAACUCUUCCGGGGCGCUACAAUAUACACCUCCCCCACGCUGUACCUCCGCAGGGGAAACUGGGUAAAAACACGGCACACUGCUAAAGCUGGACCUAUUUUACUAUAACAAUCUACAAGGUUAAAGUCCGCUUCUCUUCUUUCUUUUGUAAGUAUUAAUGAUGCAGCAGACAUGGUGUGUUCCUAUCAGUGUUUGCUCCAGCUGUGUGGCUACAAAAGUGUUCCCAGUCUUGCAGUUAAUCAUUGGACCAGUGGAGAUCAGACAUGAAGCAGCAAACCUUCUGCGCGGUCCUCGUUCUGGCGUUCUGGACCCCUUGUCACGGCGGGCCCCUGACGGCCCCCCACGCCAACAUGACGGACCAGGAGCUGUUCUGGGGCGCCGACCAGUACGACUUCUCCGUGGUUCUGUCCGCCGCCGGCAUGGAAUGUUUCUGGCACUUUGCUCACACGGGAGAGAAGUUCUACCUCAGCUUCAUGGUGCAGUGGGUGACGGGUGUCGGCCAUGACAGACACCUGUCCGUCACCGUCAACGCCCCGAGUGGCCUGCUGCUCUCCGGCGUGGACGACGCCACUGGUCAGGUGGAAUUUGACGCCAAGGAGACUGGUUUCUACCAGAUGUGUUUCAGCAACUUCCACAACCGCUUGGGAACGAUGCAGGUGUUCCUCAGCUUCGGCGUUUACUACGACGAGCACCGCGCGGACGGCGACGUGAAGAAAGACGACGCGUCCGAGCAGCUGAACGACACGCUGAGCAUCAUCCAGGACUCCGCCCACAGGGUGGAGAACCACGUCUUCCACAUGUUCCGCUACUACAACUUCGGCCGCAUGAGGAAGAGCGCCGACUACUACCUGCUGAUGUCCAACGCCCGCUACGUCACCUGGUGGUCGGCGGCGCUCAGCCUCCUGGUGGUGGCCUCGGGUUACCUGCAGCUGGUCUUCCUCAAGAGUCUGUUUGGCCGCGAGGCCGACCCCCAUGACCGUGCGCCUCGCUGCUGAAGACUGGCUGACAACUGUAUCAAGGUCUUAUAUCGCUCCGUAUUGAUAAAUAGCGAUAUUUUUUCUGACCUACGGAAAACAAAAAAUAGGAGAAAAAUGUAUCAAAUGUACGGAGCCCCUAAAGGGACAUGGGGGAAUUUUUCU